GACGGGGAGCGGGCGGGCAAGCUCGUCCAUUUUCAAACAGCGCCGAAAAGAUCGGUGAGAGCUGAGAGGUACGGAUUGUUAGCUAGCGACAGGAGACAUGGGCCAGAAAGGUUCCUCAGAGCAGAGGGAUGGCGACAAGAGCAGAGAAGAUAGCCCGGCCCCAGACCACGACCACAAGUGCAGAGUGUGCCGCUUCCCUCUGCUUGUGGCCCUCUCGCAGCUGCUCCUGGGGGUAGCCGUCACAGUGGUGGCCUUCCUCAUGCUGGCCAUCAGCCCUUCCCUCCUGGCCAGAGAGACGCCACACUGGGCUGGGAUCAUCCUGUGUCUGGUUUCCAUUGUGGGAUUCAUCCUGCACUGUGCCACCUAUCACCCAGAUGAGCGCUCGACUGCGCAGUUCAUUGCCAAGCUCCUGUACUUUGCCUUGUGUGCAAUUGGCCUGGUCAUAUCCGUGUUGGUGGUGGCCUUCGCCGGAUACCACCACGCGCAGACCAGCAGCUUCAGCUGUCUCCCUGCCGCUGAGGCCUGCGUGUGCACGUUGAACCCCCGCGACCCCAUAGCUCGCACUUUCACCUACGAGGGCGUCCGCGACUGUCAGGAGAUCACCGAGACACUCCCGCUCUACUAUUUGCUCCAGAUUGUGCUCAACCUAGCCCAGGCCUUCUUCUGUGCGGUGGGCGCCUUCAUCAUGUGGAAGCACCGCUACCAAGUCUUCUUCUCUGGCCUUCAAAUCGGAUCCUUCCGGCGGUGGAGCAAGCUGUUGAAGAGGGCUAAUUGCUGAAGAAGUGUCAUAAAAUCACGCGUGCAAACAUGCAUUCUGUAAGGGAUUUUGACUUUUGCAUUAUUUCAUCACAAGAUGUGCCGUAUUUACUCAAUGUCUUUGUUAUUUCCAUUCUCCUCAUACAUGCAUGAAAAUCCAUGUCUUGCUUUUCAUUUAUAGUUACCCGGUCAGAAGGUCGCAUUGUUUGAGUGCUGUUUUCGGUGGCACGUUGUUCACUCACUGUAUGCGUGAUGGUGAUGAACAAACAACAAAAGGUAAACAUUUCAAAAUGUAUGGGAGGAUAAUAAUGGAAUGUAUUUCUCCCACUAACUUGCAUGGUUUUCAUUUGUAGCGCAGUCAUCAAAAGCUCUUGUGACUACACCAACUGGCCACAACAUUGGCUACACCUCCACAAUAUAACGAGCGCCAAUAAAAGGGAAGCGAUUUUAUUUUAAGUCCAAUGUAUUUAUUUUUGCAUUACAGUGUGUUUCUUACUGAGGUUGUAGUUUGCUGGGUUGUAGAACUGCACCCAAAGAUUUGUAAUAUGUUUUUUAGAUAUAUUCGACAGGUGUUUCUUGCCCAUUUUGGGAGAUGCUAAAGCACCCCGAAAACGAAUCCCAGCACCCCUAAACCCUAAAAUUUCAGAGAUAAAACAGACAGUAAACGUUAGUUGUUGUGUCAUGUGUAUGCGAUAAUAUGAAAGCCGAGGUGCGACUGAAUAACUGAAUAAACCAUUAACAUUUUUAGCCUACUUCUUUUAGGACAAAAAGAGGAGUUCACAUAUUUGUAUUCACUUUCAAAACUUAAUUUCUGUUAAUGUUUUACACGUUGUGCAUUGCAUUUCAAAUAAAA